AUGAGAAGAUAUGAAAUUUUGUCUGAGGGCCCAAAUGGUGUACCCAUCAAAUAUGGCAAAAUUGGAGAAACCGUCUACCAUAAAUGGACAUGCGUUUCUGAGUUGACUGAUGUGUACUGCAUGCGAGUUCACUCAUGUACAGUUUACGACGGGCAGGGUGGACCACCAGUCACUGUAUUGGAUGCAAAUGGAUGCUCAGUUGACGGCGUGAUCCUCCAAAAUCUUGACUAUACCUCGGAUCUGACUGCUGGCAAAUCCGCACAGGUUUUCAAAUUUGCUGACAAAGCUGGGCUUUAUUUCAAUUGUCAGAUCCAGCUAACAAUUAAGGAUAAACAAUAUGGAUGCUCGACUGCUGUAGGUUUUCUUAAAAAUAAUACGAACUAUAGAUCAAUGGUAUUUAAAAUUUAUGAUAGGGAUAUCAUAUGUAACCACAAGAAAUCUAUUAUCCCAUGA